AUGCCCACCAGUCGGUUGGAGCAGACUGUCUGUCGGGCUGUUCGGGUAGCUCAGGCGACACAACUUAUCUGCCAACCAUCCUCAACGAGAUGGCGCCUCCAAGCUCUAUCCGUAUCAGCACAAACACACAUGCAUGGGAAUGACAAUCUCAUGAAAAGACCAUUUCGACUCAUUCCCGAGGCAUGGGAGGCUGCGGGUGUCAGGGCCGGCCGAGCCCCAGAAGGCCCGGCUCUUUUGUCGGCGAAGCCCGAGACCCAUUGUCUCUUAAGCCCAGACGCCUCGUCGGCCAUCGAGUAA